CUUAGCAGUAGCACACCAGCGGUGCCGUCGUGACAAUCGAUGCGGUGGUGAAAACUCAGUACAAUUCUACGGUCUUCCCUUGCUGGAAGGACGGUCGCACUCUUGGCCACUAUGUGUUAUUAUUGAAGAUAAACGGAAACUGAAUAAAUUUAGUGUAAUUAAAAAAUAGCAAAACAUAAUAUAGUGCAAUUAAAAACAAGCAAGUCAAUAAUUCUUUGCAAUAGAGUGUGAAAUGAAAUGUUGUUCUACGCCUGAAAAGUAGUGAGGCUCUUGCGUAUACGAAAAAUUUUCAACGAACAACUUGAAAUUUUAUUCUUCCUUCUGCUUCUGCUGCAAAUACGCAACAACAUAAUAUUCUGUGUAUCUGAAAACUGUAACGCCACCACCACAGCGCCCAACCACCCAAACGAACACCCACUUCUACGCUGCCAUCACACGAUUGCAGUUGUGUGUCACACCGAAAAAAAACCAAAAAAAAAAUACAGAAAAAUAAUGAAAAUGAUAUAAUAAAAACAAAAACGGGAGAGCGAAAAGAAAAAAGUGUAUACAGGAAGAAAGGGCUGCGACGAAAACCUCUUCAGUGACAACGUAAAUGGUGCUAAUCGCGGUACAAGUGGAGUCUGAAUAAUCGAAUCGAGCGAGACAUACAUACAUUCUGACCGAGUGAAAAUCGGACGAAAAAUACAACGAAAAGAACGUCGGGAAAACAACAGUGUUUCACUUUUUUAUUAGCAAAUAUUUAUACGAAUGUAAUGUGCUAUUUUAAUGCCAUCACCUCGUUAGCUAUUAUAUACACAACAGUGUAAAUCGUCACACACACACAUACACACAUAUAUGUGUGAUUUAAAAUCAUAAAAGACUGAAAAGUGCAAAUGCAAGUGACAGUGAAAAUAAGAUAAACGCGUUUAAUAUUGCAAGCACGAAGUUAAGCAGGCGUAAGCUGUGCGAAUAUCCUUUGAGGAAACAAUCAAAAUAACAAUAGGGCUUUAGAGACAAAGCUCAAAUAAUCGCGACAACUACAACAACACCACAAGCAGCCACAAAAACAAAAAAACAAUACAAAAUGAUUGUCCGAAGAAGAAGCCGUCGAGCACGUAUGUGGAAUAUGGGACUAUUGUUCCUUAUUUACUACUGUGUUAGUGUCUACUCGGCCAAGAGUGAGGGAAGAACGGAAAGUAUGUUUAAUCCCGAGAAUUUGCAAGAAGAAGGGGAUAGCGGAGUAGGUGAGACAGGCGGCAAUGAACCCUCAGAUAGUGAUCUUGCGGACACCGAUGUGAUGGAUAGUACGCUCAGUUCUUUAACUACAACGGAGAGUACUGUUAUGACAACAGAAGCCACACACGCUGCUGCCAAACACGCCGUACCCACUUGGCGACCAAAACGCAAUUGUACCCCGCCCGCUAUCGAACAAUUUCCUCAGCCAUUGAUGGGUAAAUGGGCACGUCAGCAUGGUGGACUCAUCAUUCACGUACUCGUUGCCAUUUUUACAUUCUUCGGUUUGGCUAUCGUUUGUGAUGAAUACUUUGUCGCCAGUUUGGAUCGCCUGUGUGAAGAAUUGAAGUUGUCACCCGAUGUAGCGGGUGCUACUUUCAUGGCAGCGGGUAGUUCUGCGCCCGAAUUGGCAACGGUAGUGAUUGGUGUAUUUUUUGCGAAGGACGAUAUCGGCAUAAGCGGCGUUAUUGGCUCGGCGGUGUUCAAUAUCAUGUUUGUAAUAUCGGUCUGUGCACUAUGCUCUGGCACUGUGUGUCAACUGAAUUGGUGGCCAUUGGUGCGUGAUUGCUUCUUCUAUAGUCUCUCGAUAUUAGUGAUGCUGAUUAUCAUCUUUAAUGACGUUAUAUCUUGCUACGAGUCCGUCUUCAUGUUGCUGUGUUAUGUGGGAUAUUGUGUGGCGCUACAUUUCAAUACGGAACUGGAGCGUUGGGCUUUGUCGUUAAAUCUACCAUUCAAGUUACCCACAAAGGAAGAGCAAUCAUCGUUGGUGACAUAUAAGAACAUGCCGGAUAACUCAUAUACACAAGGCACUCAGCAGCAACAACAGCAAACAAGCCUUACACAAGACGGUGCAUCUGGUUCACAGCAACAGCAACAGGCAACAAGCGAUUACCAAAGCUAUGGAGAAUCAAAUACCAGUUGGGAUCCAAACGCCGCUUGGGGCGAUGAACCGUCGACAAAUCCAGUGGGAGUCAGUGUUAGAUACGGCCAACCGCCCGGCGAAGAUGACUGGGGCACGAAUACGUUCUACGCCUCUGGACCCGGUUCGGGACAAGAUAAUAUGGCUUAUAAUCCCGAUCAACCGGAUGCCGUCGUCACACAAACAAACACAAAUGGUGACGGCAGCAAACCGAGUGUAGGUAAACCGCAACCAGCUGGUGUUGAAUAUUAUAAAUCAGCUGAUAAAUCGAAAGAGGCACGCCCCAAUCCAUUGGAACGUCCCACGGAAGGCGGACUUCCAACACUGAUUGCCUGGUAUGUCGUCUAUCCCAUACAUUAUUUAUGCCAGAAAACUAUGCCAGAUUGUCGCACCGAAAAGUACCGUAAUUGGUAUCCAUUCACUUUUAUCGUAUCGAUGAUAUGGAUCUCGUUCUAUUCAUAUUUUAUGGUUUGGAUGAUAACCGUGAUUGGUUCAACAUUGGCCAUACCAGACACGGUUAUGGGAUUGACAUUUGUGGCUGCUGGUGUAUCUGUACCCGAUGCCCUAAGCUCAAUAGCGGUAAUCAAAGAAGGCUUCGGCGAUAUGGCCGUAUCGAAUGCGAUCGGCUCGAAUGUCUUUGAUAUCCUAGUGUGCUUAGGUCUUCCGUGGUUUAUACAAACGGCCAUUAUAAAGCCUGGCUCGCACGUCAAUGUCAUCUCGAAAGGCUUGGCAUACUCCACCUUAUCGCUCUUCUCGACGGUCAUCUUUCUCAUUAUGUCCACACAUUUGAACGGCUGGAAAUUGGACAAACGACUAGGCAUUAUACUGAUGAUUUGGUACUUGUGCUUCAUCACAUUGGCCUCGCUGUAUGAGUUGAACGUAUUUGGUUACAUGAACCCACCGGAAUGCGCCAGUGAAUAUUAGAAAAAUCAAUGUGGCUGUAUUAUGAAUGUAGGUACAACACAGAGGAAGCUGAAAACACAAGAUAAUACCAAAUCAAGCAUUCACAGGACGAAGCUAUUUAUUUACAGAUACACUACAUAAGUUCAAUAAAUAAAUGGGUCGACAUCAAGAAGGUUUCGCAGUCUAAGAAGCAGCAAAACAAAGUGCAGCUUACAUGCACAUCUACUUAUUUGUAUGUGUGUAAGCCAAGCGAUUUGGAUUUUGUUACGUUGCUGAGCGGCUGUGUUGCGAAGCUGGACAAAUGCAUUUGUUAAGUUAACUCCACGUUUUGAUUUCAUGUCUUCACAUGAGCAACUGGCACAGAACACAACCACAACCGCAUACUUAUGCAAAAAAUACAAAAAAAAAAAACAAACAAACAGUUAUUGUACUCAAGUACAUGUGCCAAGUACAGCGAGUCUGCAUCAAACUUUAAGCUACAGAUCUCAUUACCUACCGGUGCAUACUGGACAGAUGCUGACACACUGGCACUCAUACAUACAUAGAUAUACAGAUUAACGGCUGCAUAACUAACAAUUCUCGCCAUUAUCAAUUAAACGGCAACAGCCGUGCACUCAACGCAAUGAAAUAGUCAAAUACAGGGUGAUUGUGAAGAACUUGUAGUCGUGUUGGCGUUGAUUUGUUAAUGCACGUAACGUUAAACUCGACUUGUUAACUAGCUGAAAAUAUAUAAUUACUUGAAUAUAUCUUACUGUAUGAAACCUACACAAUCUGCUCCUCUUCCUCUCCUUCUGGCGCCUCCACUGAAAAACUUCCAGGUAUGGCAGAAACAUACGAGACAAACUCAAAGAAAUUAUGAUGAAAAUAUAAACAAUUAUAAAAAUAGCUAAAAAUUAAAAUGAAACGAAAAGAUAGCAUAUACCAUAUUAGCACGGCACCAUAUUUACAACAACAUUUUAAUAUACAAACCAAUUCGUAAAAGUAAAAUGUUAGUACAUACGUUUUUACAUCGCACGAAGCAACAAGUUAUAUAAUACUAUGUAUAAUAUAAAUUCAUAUAUGUAUAUGAAAAAUAUUGACCUAAUGCAAGUAAUACUCCUAACGUAAAAUGUCUAAAAUGAAAGCUAUAAUAACAAUGCGCUUCAAAUGACUCUUUUUGAGGUCAUCUCUUAAACAGUUCUUAUAUAUGUAGAUAUAUAAAAGCUAAUAUUUGUUAGAUAUAUUUUUUAUUAUUACGAAAAAUACUUUAAUUUUAGUUUAAAGAAUGAACUAAUGAAAAACGAGUAUUUCAAAUUAUAUAUUUUAUUUUUUUUAUUAAUAAAAUAUUUUAAA